GGCAUGGGAUCUGGCAUCAGACACCAGCCCUACRGAGAGGCUGCGGGCCACGCACCAGCGGUAAAUAUACGAGGGAGAGGGAUUUCCUCCCUCUGACUGAGACCAGGUCUUGAAGCGUGGGUGAAGGUUUCUCUUCACGGUGCAUGGACGGAAAGCCAAUGCGCAGGUGCACUAGUACUCGGCCAGGAGAGACCGGAAUGGACGUGACGAGCCGUUGCACCCUCGGAGAUCCCAACAAGCUGCCCGAGGGGGUGCCGCAGCCCGCCCGCAUGCCCUACAUCUCCGACAAGCACCCUCGGCAAACCCUGGAAGUGAUCAACCUGCUGCGGAAGCACCGGGAGCUCUGCGAUGUGGUGCUCGUAGUGGGCGCCAAGAAGAUCUACGCGCACAGGGUGAUUCUGUCCGCCUGCAGCCCCUACUUCCGAGCCAUGUUCACCGGGGAGCUCGCCGAGAGCCGCCAGACAGAGGUCGUGAUCCGAGACAUCGACGAAAGGGCCAUGGAGCUGCUCAUUGACUUUGCCUACACCUCGCAGAUCACCGUCGAGGAGGGGAACGUCCAGACCUUGCUCCCGGCCGCCUGCCUUCUGCAGCUGGCUGAGAUCCAGGAGGCCUGCUGCGAGUUCCUUAAAAGACAACUGGAUCCUUCCAAUUGCCUGGGCAUCCGAGCUUUUGCUGACACRCACUCGUGCCGAGAGCUGCUGAGGAUCGCGGACAAGUUCACCCAGCAUAACUUUCAGGAGGUAAUGGAGAGCGAGGAAUUCAUGCUGCUGCCUGCCAACCAGCUCAUCGACAUUAUCUCCAGCGACGAGUUGAACGUGCGCAGCGAGGAGCAGGUUUUCAACGCGGUCAUGGCCUGGGUGAAGUACAGCAUUCAGGAGAGAAGACCCCAGCUGCCACAGGUCCUGCAGCACGUCCGCCUGCCGCUGCUGAGCCCCAAAUUCCUUGUGGGUACUGUGGGCUCUGACCCUCUUAUCAAGAGUGAUGAAGAAUGCCGGGACCUAGUGGAUGAAGCUAAAAAUUAUCUGCUCUUGCCCCAAGAACGGCCACUGAUGCAGGGACCACGAACAAGACCACGCAAGCCCAUCCGCUGUGGAGAGGUGCUCUUUGCAGUGGGGGGCUGGUGUAGCGGGGAUGCAAUUUCCAGUGUGGAGCGCUAUGAUCCUCAAACCAAUGAGUGGCGGAUGGUGGCUUCCAUGAGCAAAAGACGCUGUGGUGUCGGAGUCAGUGUUCUGGAUGACCUCCUCUAUGCUGUGGGAGGCCAUGAUGGUUCCUCUUAUCUUAACAGUGUAGAAAGGUACGAUCCAAAGACCAACCAGUGGAGCAGCGACGUGGCCCCCACCAGCACCUGCAGGACCAGCGUUGGAGUGGCAGUUCUUGGGGGCUAUCUCUAUGCUGUGGGUGGCCAAGAUGGUGUCUCCUGUCUCAACAUUGUGGAAAGGUACGAUCCGAAGGAGAACAAGUGGACUCGUGUGGCUUCCAUGAGCACCAGGCGCCUGGGAGUGGCAGUGGCCGUGUUAGGAGGCUUCCUGUAUGCAGUGGGAGGCUCUGAUGGAACUUCUCCUCUCAACACUGUGGAACGCUACAACCCUCAGGAGAACCGCUGGCAUACGAUUGCACCCAUGGGCACGAGGAGGAAGCACCUGGGCUGCGCCGUGUACCAGGACAUGAUCUACGCCGUGGGAGGCAGAGAUGACACGACCGAGCUCAGCAGCGCGGAGAGGUACAACCCCCGGACGAACCAGUGGUCUCCCGUCGUGGCCAUGACGUCCCGCCGGAGCGGGGUGGGCCUCGCCGUGGUGAAUGGACAGCUAAUGGCAGUGGGGGGCUUUGAUGGGACAACGUACUUGAAGACCAUUGAGGUGUUUGAUCCAGAUGCCAACACGUGGAGGUUGUACGGAGGCAUGAACUACCGGCGGCUGGGAGGAGGCGUAGGAGUUAUCAAAAUGACACACUGUGAAUCUCAUAUAUGGUAAGCAGCAAGAGGGAGGGAGACCCGUGGCUCUCCUUCCUGGAAAAACUGAAGAGACUUCUUGACACUGGACCUCUUUGCAGCUCUAGUACGAACGGUUGGUCUAGGUCCAAGGUAACUCUUUGCCAGUGACUCUUUCUAGCAGAUUAUAAAAAYGACUUCAGUGAGCGUGCGCCCAGGAGAGGAUCGCGUUGUCAGACUCCGGGGAACCACUGGACAGAAGUAGGAGUGUUGCUUAUGUCCUUAUUUUUUUCCAAAUAGCCUGCAUUUUUGGAUAAACCAAACUGUUAAAGUCGUUAUAGUGCAAACAAUACCAACGUAGGGACUACAAGCUAUACCGGGAGUCUGACAAGAGGAGGGUUUCCCUGUUUUCCCUCCUCCUGUGAGCAGCUGACAUGGGCGAAGGAGGAAGGUGAUGCAGCAAACAUUGCUUUUGCCUUAUUUACAGAGAGCUUCAAAAAAGUACUUGACCUGCAAGGUGCCACCUUUGCGCAGAAACCUUUCUGUGCACAGAGUAUAUUUAUUUUUUCAUUUGAUUUGUAUCAUGUAUUUUCUUUGUAUCGCUCACAAUGGUUGAUUCCAGCUUUUUUAUAUGCAUAUAGAUGUGUGCAUAGAUAUAUUUUAUAUAUGUAUAUGUGCACGUGUAUGUGCGGUUUCUGUUUUGACAAGCUGAGGGUUAGGGCAGGGCUAUGUCCUGCAGGCUGUUGUGGUUCCAGCCCUUGUUGUGUGUAUUGGGAUCUCGUUGAGUACAGGAGAGCUCUGAAGAUGGGUGCCCCRAGUGUCUUAUCUGGCUUGCUGGAGGUAGAACUGGAACUCCCCACCUAUCGGCUGAAUCAGUGAAGUGCCCAAAAAGAGGGUGAGAGUGAAAAGGAUUUUAAAUGAUGCCUUUUUUAUUGUGCAGUGUAUGGUGCAAAGGUUAAGCUUUUUUUUUCUCUCCCCUCCCCUGUAUAUGAACCUAGAAACAACUUGUCACUGCUCACCUGUAAAACCCUUUUCUCACUCCUUUUCUCAUUGAUAUCUGCUGGAUAUCAGUUCUUGUGUGAAGCUGCAAUGCAGGUACCACUUGUGAAUUCUGACUAGCCUAGGUAAGUGCUCACUUCUCAGGUUCUUGCUACCGUGGCAGACCCUCAGCCAGCUCCUGCUGAAAAAACCUUAGACCAGCAUCAUCUUAGUCGCCCCCUGACCCCUUCUGUGUGUUCAGAAUUCCUGUUAGAAAACAGUGACUGUGAGGAGAUGGUGCCCACCCUUCCACUGGUUUUCAUGCACUUCACCUGUGUUUGCUGGAGGGCAGGGAAAGGUGUGAGGCUCGUUAGAGGGGAGAGGGAAGAGGCCACUGGAGUUGGCAGGUGGAGGUGGAAGGAGCAGCUCCACUCUAGACUUGGAGGUUCUGACAUAUUUGCCUGUACGGACAGGGCCACCCAGUGCCAAACGGUGAGUUGUUGCACCUGAUAUGUAACUUUGGACCUUUCCAAAUCUGACUUUUAAAGAGGAUUGUGAAUUCUUGAGAUGAACAAGGCACUGCUGACAUCUUGAGUUCUUUAACGUCAUGGUUUGAUUCUUGGCAUUUUAAUGUUCUUGAAUAUAGUAAAAAAUACACUACAGUAAUAAAUGGGUCAUUCAAACUUUUUAAAAGCCCCUCUUUUCC